GCCCACAGCUGAACACGGGGUUGAAGGCGGAAGUAUUUGCUCAAGAUUUGAAUUUGACCUUAAAAAGCACAACAAUACAUGCUGUUUAAAUGUGUGCUGCAGAAGGGUUAUUGUGACUUAUUUAAUUUCUGAGAAGUUCCCCGGACGUUGCCAUUGCCACGACCCCUGGCCGUUGUCCCAAUGGAUCCUAAUCUGUUGUUUUGGAAAAGCGAAGGACAGUCGUUCUUUAGUCGGAUCAAGAUCUGGGUUAAUAUCCUUGAUCCCACUUCCCUUCUUUCCUCUGAUGCCAAAAUAGAGAGGGCUCAUGGUCUGCUUAGAGGUGGACAGAAACUAGAUGAUUGGAAUGAAGAAGCAGUCACCCUAUCACUUUCAUCUGUCCAUGCUGACUCUGGUGAUGUUCUUCCACUUAUGCUCCGCCCUGCAGCAUUUUUGUCUGCAUCAGCACCUCUGGUGGUCGCCAGCUUUUUGCCUCACACCAAUGUGAAAUAUGCUCUGCUCUGGCAGUUUUUCCUGCAGAGUUACCAAACUAGGUUCACCCUUGCAAACAGAAAUUCUUCAUCAGAAAAGAGUAAGAAGCUGUCUUCGAGGCAGCUUCUGUUGAGCGCUGGAACCGUUUGCUAUGCAACAUGUGCAGGGUCCCUUCCUCAAAUUAUGAUUUAUAAACUUGGUGUAAGUAGUGAAGUAAUCAAGGCUGUCUUAAGGACCAUGCUACCAAUCCCUCUCUCAGCUGCUGUGGCCUUCAUCAGUGUGUACACUGUCAGAAGUGAAGAGUCACAAACUGGGAUCCAAGUGUUUGAUUCUAAUGGAAAUCUGGUCGGCCUUUCUAAAGCAGCGGGACACAAGGCUGUGAAGGAGACUGCACUGUCAAGAGCAGCGCUGUUCGGUACAACCGCUGCUGUCCCUUCCCUCCUGAUAACACUCUUAUGGAGAACAAGAGUGAUCCAGAAGAGCUCUGUGCUGAUCGCUCCUCUCCGUUACAUGAGUGUUGCGAUGGGUUUUGGCUUGAUGAUCCCCGUCUCGUUCAGUCUCUUUCCACAGCUGAGCACGAUAAAGAAGGAAAACGUGGAAAAGAACCUGCAGGAGGCAGCUUGCGAAGGACUGUUAUACUACCAUAGAGGACUCUGAGGACCUAUAAAUACACAAAUCUACCAAAACACAUGUUGCUAUUACUCGCUAGUAUUAUAAUAAAUCUCUUCUUUAGCAUCAUGCAGCUGAAAAUGUACAACGCAUGUAACACACUCAAAGAUGCCCAAUGGAAAAAAUACAGUUUGAGAGAUUAAAACGCUUAUUUUUUAUAUUAAAUGUAUUCAUCUGGAAUAUUAAUUGUAUUAUACAUAGGAAAUAUUACAUGAAUUCAUUAUAAUACAUUUAUUUUCCAAAGUUAAAUUUGCAUUUAUUGCACUGUGUGUCUGAGGCACAAAACCAUCUUUUUGGCAAUGUGCUUAAAGCAACAGCGCUAGCCGCUAACUCAACGUGGAUAAAAAGAAAACGUGGACAAUAAGACACAUGAUUCAGUAUAAAUCAAUAUGGACAUGGAAACACUAAUAUUUGAUCAGCUGCAUUUUGAUGAACACCUUUUGAUAAAGUUUUUUAAAAAGCCUUGUACAUCACGAUAUGCUUGUUUUUAAGUAAUUAGUAAAAUACAAAAUGUGAGUUAAAAAAAUGAUAUAAACACACACAUUAUGAUCCAAUAACCACAAAUGUAGUUUCUAUCAAUAAGCUCUUUAAUAUUAAUAAUAACUGCAUUUCAGCUGCUGCGUAUUUAUAUCUCUUUACAGCGUUUGCACAAUAUUCCCAUAAAGGCAUGUACGUGCCGCUUUGCACUGUGGGAGCUCAAAUCUGGGAGGAUUAUUAGAUGUACCAGCUGAAAAGUACCAGUUUAUUUUCCUCCGUUUCACACAGUUAGAGAAAAACACUGUAGAUCCUUAUUGUCCUUAACUACUGAUUUCAAAAA